GAGCCCGGCGGUCUAGUGGAAUAUUACGGCAUUGUUAUUAUUUGCUGUUAUUAUUUAUUUUCCCGCGCGGCUCCACGGUUCGACGUGCACGUCACAAUGGGCUUCGCGGCGCGUUCCAGCUCCGCCAGCGCUCCAAUCAAAGGAAAUGCUUACACGCACCGCAAAGGACGGCAGUGUCUCAGAAUUGUGCCAAUGACAGCUCUUCUCCACUGCUCCACCGAGGAAAUCAGCGCCGAGAUGGUGAAACGAGGGUCCACUGAGGCUCCAUCAGAUUUUGCAGGUCUCUCGUGGAACUGGGGUUUUUCUUACGUCCAACGCAACGAGACGUGGGCUUUCGGAGGAAAACACUCGGGAGAAACAUCCGAGCCUCCGGAAUGGCGAAGCGCGAUUCGGUCGUUUCCGUUCAACCUUCGGACAGAAGCUGUUAAAAGAAAAAUCUGAAACGCUGUUUCUGUGAAAUUCAGCCUUACGCAACGGCUCCGUCACGGCCAACGACUUUUCACUCGAUUAAAGUAAUAAAUAACGCGUCUAGUUUUAAAGCCUCCAGCGCAGCCAAGACCAAACCGAAACCUCUGCUCAUUAACAUCUGGCCAUUUGGACGUUUAACCCCGUAAACUGCGAGGGUCCCUAUGUAGGUCCACGCUUCAGGCCCUCACUCUCAUAACCACAAAACUUAGUUUCACACACUCUUAAAGGAGAUGUGUAAGAAAACGACGUGUUCUGUCUCCAACUGGACACAACCGCGCGCUCAGCUGGAGACCACACAUCAGUUUGAGCAAACUGUGUUGAAACAUUUCUUCCCCCAGUUAUGGAUUACAUGUAUGUCUGGGUCACUUUUCACACAGAAUGUCAGAAGCCACAGAAAGUGAUGAACGCGUCUCGCAAGUUGUUGUUUAACACAUUACUUUCUAGAGUGCAGUAGCACAAAAUAACCCAGCAGUCUGAGGAGUUAAACCAGGGGAACUGGUCCUGGAGGGCCGGUGUCCAGCAGAGUUUGGAGAUUUACACACCUCAGACAUACCUGAUCACACCCAUUUGCUGAUAGCCAGGUUUAGUGGGUGUGUUUGAGGCCUGUGAACACAGAGUUGUGCCUCCCUGAGUGAAACUCACGAUCUGGGUCCUUUAGCAUUCAUGCAGUCCUCAAAUCUGGAUCUCUUAUCCUUACUGUUGACUCGUUUGUGGCCAAAGAAAAAGAAAGAUGUGUCCAAUACUGGAAGUGACUCCUCGUUUUUAAUUUUGGCGCUCCAUUAGUUCUCACACCUUUACUACUGUUCAUCAAAUAUUCUGUCAAGAAACACAACAGAAUAAAACCGGUGGCCACAGGCAAAGGAUCGUGAACAUUAAGGGCCAGUUUCCCAGACCCAGACUAAAGCUAAGCCGACUAAGAAGAAUUAUUAAUGCUGAUCCACCACUGGCAAUUUAGUCCCAGGCCCAGGCCUUAGAAAAGGCGCCAAAGAAGAACCAUUUUAGUUUCUCGCAUUAGCAUUUACAUUAUGUGGAGGUUCUUUAAACCUACAAAACUAGUCCCAAAAGAACCUUCCACAUGAAAGUCCUUAAUGGAACCAGAAAUGGUUCGUCUGAGCAAAGAGCCCUUCCUGUCAUCUUUAAUUUUAGGAGUGUAGGCUUUCGUCACAUGUGAGCUCAUGGUGGGCUUUAUGCAGGGUCAAACAGAUUAAGGCAAGCACUAACACUCAGUGGUCUACCCAAGUCUAUACGUAACUUUUUUUGUGCUAAAUAAACGUGGACGGCUCCAACUUUGAGGCAGCAACAACAAAAACAUGAUAUUAUGUCUAUCGUGGCAACCUUUCAAAUGCGCGUGAGCCGUCAGCAUCUCAUAAAGUGUAAUAUGUUAUAAAAUGGCAUUUGAUGUCUCAUAAAGUGCGUUUUAGAGCAUCACAUGCUGCCGGUGCAGCGCCGGCGGCAGCUCUCUGCCUCCGUGUGAAUGAGAUGAGACAGAAAAAUGCACUGACAUGCUUUCGCUCCUUCACAGUGAAGCCUGGGAUGAACGGAUUGGAGUGAAGACGGAAACACAGAGCACCUAUCGUUUCAGAGAAGGGGAAAAAAAAAAGAAAAAACGAGAUGUCCUUGUUUCAGAGAUGAUGACUCAGCUGACACACACACACACACACACACACACACACACACACACACACACACACACACACACACUUGGGUCACUCCAUUUCAGGUUAGUGCAGGCUGAGUUAACCACAGAGCCGCUCUGUGCGCCUGCAGGUGCAUUAAAACGCUCCUAUAUACCGUCUUAUAAGCGCUACUACAACAUACACCUGAACAGUGAGCAUGCUCAAAAACAAACUUCUGAGACGGUCACGGCAGCUUAAUGGUUAAACCCGAGUACUUUCCCUCCGAAUGCAGGCUAUAGAUUCAGCACCUUUCCCCCUCUCUCAUGGCUCCGGUUCACUUUACUCGAUGAAGCUGAGGCGAAAUCCGGAGAGUAAUCUUCCAAGAAGACAGCAGGUCGUGUGCCAUUCAUCAAAAGACAAAUGCCCCGAGAUAAUCGCCUGUGUUGGCGCGACUUUCUCUAAAUAACUCGCUCAAUCACUCCCCCGAAGGGGCAGCAGCAGCACCCAACAACACCAAAGUAUGACUUGACAUCCAACAUCUGCUGCCUUUUGCCUUCCUGCGUCUUCUGUAGGCUAAAGGACGAAGCUGAACUCAGCUUUAAUCUCAAGCUUCUCGUUCGAAUUUUCCCGUUCCACCUUAAAUGGUUCACCGUUUAAGGUGGAACGAGAAGCUGACUUUAGCUUCCUAUACCAACACGACUAAACUUAUACCAAAUUUCACACCACAAGUAACCUGGCGAAGAAGAGGAGUGUUAAAAGGCGAGUGCAGAUAAGCUAACAGCUAAGUCGGCUUGGUAAAUAAACACAACUUGGUUAAAAAGAAGAUGACACCAGAAAUAUCGACACAGAAUAUUGACCUACUGUACCUUCUUUUGGUCCAUUUACCUUCUCAUCUGUUUACUGGUAACCCACCUAAAGAAAGACAGGAAAAAAAAAUAGAAGAGCCUUGUGAAUGGAGAGGUUUUUUGAAAAACGCUAAGAAAUUGUUUCUGCUAUCAGGGAAUCCCAUAAAACUACUGACGCCGUUUUUUCGAGGCAGGCGAUUUUUAUUGGACAGAAACGGCGCGCGCGCCAGUUACCAGGGCGAUUGUUGCUGUGCAGAUUUCAGAUCUCGUUGCUCGCCGAGUGUUCGUGGAGAGUUGCCGUUUGUGGGUGAACGUUAAACGGGGCAAAACUACCGAAUAAAAAACAUGUUUUUACAUCGACCGUUAAACCGUAACACGGCGAAUACGAGACUCUGGCAUAAUGUCGACCGAGUGUACGAACUCAGGCGCGGUUAGGAAGCGUUUCGUUUUUCCCCGCAGUCGGUCAUAUCGAGAGACUCCCUUACUUCCCUGGAGGUGUUGUUGCCAUGCAAAACUUAACGGUGGGAGCGAGCGGGCCUAAGUUAAGCUUUUAAGGUCACGCAGAUUUUGACACGACUUUAUUUCGCCUCCAUGUGUUUCUCCAUCUCUCUCAUCUCUCGCUCCCUCUUAAUCUCCACACACGAUCGUUUAUUCAAAUAAGCGCCACAACGCAACCUCCAAUCCAUUCUCUUUAUUUCGGUAUUGCAACUGCUUAGCAGUUCCUCCCUUCACAUUACUGUCCACCCUCAAAGGAACGGUUCACCGAAAAUCUAACGUACACCCUCCCAAAUGAUGUCGAUGGGUCAAGGGACCGAUGUUGUCAUUGUGAAAAGUGGGAGAAGAAUAUGUGGCACUGGUGGCUGCAUUGCAAAUGCUCCUCUCCAUCAAAACAAAAGCUACUUUGAGUUUAAGAUUCAGUCUACAGGUGUUUGGGGAGUAGGGGUAGCAACGCAGAAAGCUAACCUUAACCAGGUCCCACUGGGUAGGGAUGCACACAGCUUAGUGCUGAGGCAAGAUGGAACUGUGUACCAUAACAACGAGGAGAAGAAUCGGCUCCCAGCUAACAGUCUGCCGCAGGAAGGAGACAUUGUGGGUGUUACUUAUGACCACGUGGAGCUGAAUUUGUAUCUAAACGGAAAGAACAUGAACUGUCCAGCAUCAGGCAUUCGAGGAACAGUUUUCCCUGUAGUAUACGUGGAUGACAGCGCAAUAUUGGAUUGUCAGUUUAAUGACUUCUACCACGCUCCUCCACAAGGCUACCAAAAGAUUCUUUUUGAACAACAGAUAUUCUGAUCUUCGGGGGCACUCCAUGUACAUCAGCUUUCCAGUUGUCUGUUCCAGCUCAGAGAUGGAAAUUAAUCACUAUAUGUUUGUGAUUGUGUGGCUGAUGCUUUGCUCUCCUGGUUCAAAAGUGCAACAUGCCAGUGUUAUGUUUUCAGUGAUUUUUGCUCAUGUAGAAUUGAUCCAUAUUGGCAGUCAGAACACUCCUUAUUUGCCCUGUUUUAUGUACUCAACGAUUUUUAUUUGCAUUGUUUAAUUUAAAUUUAUAUUCCUUCAAAUGUCUGGCACCUUGCUUUAGACUACACACAAUUUGCUGCUUUAAAAAAAACCAUCUUACGUGCAUUUGAUUGAUGUAAUGCAAUCUUGUUAUGAAUUCUUGAAUGUUUGACCGACAUCAGGGGUAUAAUUAUUUUGAAUAUUACAACUGACAAUUACAGCUGACCAUUACAGCUGACUGACAGUCUCUGUCAAAAAGUAAAAGAUGUAAUGAUCUUGCAGUAUUGUUAGAUGCUUUCCAAUGGAAAUAAAGCAAAACCAAAUCCAAAAUAUUUUAUUCUGUAUAUUUAUGUUGGGCAAAAAAAAUCUGGAAUGAAAAUGUUUAUACUGUAGUUGUUUCACUGUUGCAGCCAUAUCUCAAUGCAAGGGUUUUUGUUUGUUUUUUGUAACACCCACCAAAAACCAUGUAUUUACUAGAUAUCAGUUCAUCUAACUUUAUCAUAGUUCACUACAUUUUCCAUGUUGUCUAACUUUCCUCUUAUUCUGUAUUAUGAUGAGAUUCUUUCCCUAACUUUGCUUGACUGACAUGUUGUAAUAAAGAAAGUUAUAAGACAUAUUAUGUGGGGUUAAGAAAAGAAAGACGUAGUGCCUAUACUGAGUAUUUUAUACGCGGAGUGAGAUGUCCUAUUAGAUUUGGUUUUAAGUUAUGCUGUUUUUGUUCUGAAAUGUAUUACAUGUAAAAAAAAUAGCCUGUCAUGUGAUGUCCAUUAAUUUGUAUGCACUAAUCGUUCAUGUUAUUUGUGUGAUAUUUGUUGGUAAAGUAAUAAAGAUAAAUAAAUUGCUCUUUGGUAGAA